AUGGAUGAGGAUAAGCUCAAGCGAUUUUUGGUUGAGUUGCCAUCAGCUCUUUCGUUUCGAAAUGGUUCUCGAGUGCAUGAAUAUGUUUUCAAGGUGCUUUAUUUCAUGUCAACAAAUAAUGGUGAAUAUUUACUGCAUUUGUUUCCAGACCUCCCACCUAUUCUGGAAUUAGAUCGUGAAAGACUUGUCAAUUCCGAUUUCACUCUAGAAACCUUGGACAAGCUUUCAUCCCUUCAAAAACCUGAGUCAAAAGAAUAUUCUCACCCAAAAAACAAGCCUUGCGCUAGGCUAUUUAAGGCUGGAGACCUGGUUUAUAGAUGCGAGGAGUGUGGUUUCGAUGACACGUGUGUCUUGUGCUCAUAUUGUUUUAAUGAACAGGAUCAUGUGGGUCAUUCGGUCCUGAUGUAUACAUCGACUGGGACGUCAGGCGGGGUGUGUGACUGUGGAGAUCCAGAGGCAUUUGUUACUACGUUACAUUGUAAAUGUUCAGCGAGAAAGGUGGCCAGUACUUCAUAUGAAGGUCAAGUUGAAGAGCCAAACCAUGAGUAUUUAUAUCAGACUAUCAAAGUAUGUCUUGAUUAUGUGCUAGAUAUCACCAAUUCAAACGUUUGCACGUUGCCUAUAAUUCACGAGCACAUGAACAAAGGAUCAUUCAACUUCAACCCAAGAUCGUUGUCCAAUUAUUUCUCAUUACCUAGUGGGAAGUAUGGCGGAGCAACUGAUGUGAAUUCUGACAACUGGAUUUUGGUUUUAUGGAACGAUGAAUUUCAUGAUUUAGGACAAGCAAUACACGCUAUAAGGUUAGGGCUCUCUUGCAACGAUAACAGAGCAACUCAAAUUGCAACAAGAAUUGACAAAGAAGGCUAUUGUGUUUUGAAGGAAGCCUCGACGUAUGAAGCGUUGAUGAAGUCCAAAGAACUUGUUGAAAGAGGUGGCUUAAUUUCAACAAUCAUAUCCAUCAGGGAUCUAUAUCGAGAACUUAUUGUGCGAGAAAUUAUAUUUUGGCUUGAUGAUAUUUUAGACUCAUAUGACGAAGCAUUCAAGCUCAAAAGUCAAGCUAUAUUGACUCAGCUCCUUUUGGAUAACGACUACAGAUUCGCAAAGGUAUUUCCAGAAGAGUUUCUCCGUGGCCUCACAUAUGGCACUAUGGAUGAGUGCUUCAAAAACGGUAUCCCAGUUGAAGACAAGUUUGUUACCCAGUUCAAUUCAAACCAAGUUAGAACCCCUAUCAGUAGCUUGGAUUUACGUGAACGAAUGAUAUAUCUUUUAGCUAAACCUGACUUGGAGCUUCCAUUUUCAAGAUUUCAAAUCCUUUUGAUCUUUCAAAUAAGGUUACCCAAACUUGUCCGGAAAAAAUUGGUUUCUAUUUUGUUACCGCUUCUUGUUGCCAACAUUUUCUUGAAGGGAAAAUUUGCAAAACAAUUCACUGAGAUAUAUCCAAUGUUGCUAACAAUAUGUGCAUAUCUGGACAGAGAAGACCACUUGAACCUUAUUGCGGAAAUCUCUUCCCAACUUUACACGUGUCCAGUUACCGUGAGGAAGCUAUUAGAGUCGUCCCAUGCGAACUACAUCAUCAAUGGACUUACUAGAAUCAUCGAGGAAAGCUGCUCGGUGUGGGACGAAGAUAUUGGACAUUGCAUAUUCGUAGAUUCUGAUACUGAUUCCCAAGCAGAUAGAAGAUUGAAAAGAGCUCUUCUCAGGGGUAUCCACGAUUUGGAGCAUUUCUCGUCGACAAAUUUAGGACCACAAGCUUUGCAAGCCUAUUUGCGCCCUAAAAAUUUUGUCUUUCUUGUCCUGUUUUUGAAACUUUUUCACGACUAUUUGCCAAUGACUAGAAAACGUGGAGAUCAUGUGGAACAAGAACUGAUGACUUUUAGGCUUCAUCCUGCAAUUUCAGUGCCUAUUUUAUCAUCAUUGAGAAAUAUAGCAGCCAGUCAAAUUGGUCAUCCUAAUUUGGAUUGGGUGAUUGAAAAGCUCACAAACUUUCUUGCUGGAGAGGAGAUGUAUCGGGUUGAAUACGGGUCAGAUAACAUGAGGGUCAGUACAAAUGCACAUGCGUUUGUCCAUCCCUUGACAAGUUUUUUGUCGUAUCUAAUCCAAUUCAAUGGCUAUGAUGGUUUAUAUCCAUUGUUGGAAGGUCAUAAAAGAGCAAUGAUCAUGUUGUCAGAUGCUUCACUAAGAAGUAUUGUACUUGGAUCCCAGAUAAAGAUUGGGUUUUGGAUAAGGAAUGGAGUAUCGGCAUCGCGCCAGGCAAGCAUGUACUUUGGUCCAAGCAUGUCUGACUUGACAUUCACCAGGGACAUGCAUUUGCAACAAGUUGCAUUGCUAAUCGGAAACUCGGAAGAGAUGGUAAAAAGUUUUUUGGCAAGGUGGGAGUUGAAUGAUUGGUUUUCCAACAGGGUGGAGUGUAAUGAUACGAUAUACGAGGAGAGAUUUUUUUCCGUUGUGGAGAGAUUUGUUGGAUUUGUUUACAAGUUGCUAACCGAUAGAUCCAUGUUUAGUCGCUUGUCAUCCAGGGAGAUGGAACUUGAGGAGACGAGAAAGUUCAUGACGUACUAUUUGUGCGAAAAGGCUAGAGGCUAUACGAAAUUGAAGAUGAAAGUGGACUCAGAUGUCUGUGAUUUGCCUGAGUUUGAUGAAAUACUAUACGAUAUUGCCGACUAUCAACCACCUUCCGCAUUGCUUGAUACAGGACUAUAUCGACUCAAGGACUCAAUGUACUCGCAAUUAGAUCCCAUGGGGCUUUUUUUAGAUCCAUCAAAGUUUCAAAUUUUGUAUGAUGUGUUGACGAAAAAGUUGGCAAAAACAACGAAUGUCAAAGAGCAGGAGGUUAUCUUGACGCCACAAAUUUCCUUUUCAGGGGAUGUUGCUGUGGAUAAAAAAAUAGGCGAGUUUUUGAAAACCACCUUAUUCGUUAAGGUUAUACACAAGCUUUUGAGAGUAGCAAUUGACUCUGGCAACGAAUCCUAUCUCCCACAAUUGUUGCACUUGAUACAUGCAAUAAUCAUUGACGAUGAACAUAUUCAUGGAAAGGACUACUUAUCUGAACUGUUUAUUGAUAUACCCGUCUGUGACUUAUUAUUGACCAUAGUUGAGUCCAACAUGUCCAAGCCAGUUGUACGUAAGGCAGACUUUUUGGUUGAGCAGCUUCUCGUCAAAGACCGAAGGAUUCUCGAAAAUUUGGUCAGCUGUUUUGGAGAGGAUUAUGUACAGUCAUUCAAGAGGCGAAAAACUCAAUUAUUUGAAUCUAAAGCAGAAAGGGAGAAAAGGGUAUCUGAGGAAAGAAAGAAAAAGAUUAUGAAGAAGUUUUCAAAACAACAAGAGAAGUUUUUGAAAAACAACAAAAAGUUGAACGAAGAGCAUGCUGAGCAAAUGGAGCAAGAGGAUGGUGAUGCUAGGGUUUGUGUCAUUUGCGGGGAAAAAGAAAAGGCAGGCCAAGCGUUUGGAAUUUUCCUUAUUGCAACAGAAGCACCAUUAUUUUGGAAAGUUGAUAACCUCUUCGAAAGUGAUUCCACGAGAACUUGGUCCGAAGAUUUGUUUGCCUAUGCAGACAAGUCCAAGUUCGGCCAAGGAUAUAACAUAUACUCAAAGUGGAAAGAAUUUCAGAGGCCAGUUUUCUCCUCAUGUGGUCAUGGAAUUCAUUAUGAGUGUUUCAAAAGAGGGGUGGGUCACAUUAAAUACUACCCUUGUCCUUUGUGUCGCACAUAUCAUGACGCCUUUAUGCCCUUUAUUGUACAUGAACCAUUGGAGACUUCUGGAUUGCGAGACGUUGUGUUUAAUAAAACCAUCGAUGAACUGAGUCCUAAAAAAUUGGAUGUUUUACGUAACCUUUUUGUCCCCAAGAAUAGUGGAAUUCAGUAUCACCACUAUCUAGAGCUGAGAAGCAGGUAUGAAGAUAAUUUCGACCAUUGGAUUGUUAAUAUGGGUAGCACCAUUCAAAUGAGUGAAAUUGGCACCCGGUUGAACGGCAAAUCAGGAUAUUCUGACUUCUUGAGCCAAAUUCCACGGAAUAUAAGAAAUUUGUUCAAGGCUUUGGUUCAGGCCCAAGUGAUGAUAGCAGACCUUUCGGAUCCGUGGGAGAGACACGCGUGGGAAGAGGAUAGAAACUAUAUUUUGGAGCUGGGAGAAGAGUCAGACAUGCAAACUGGAGUGUUUAAUGAAACUUUGGUCUUGUUCUUCACUUCCGAGCAGUCGCUAGCAACUUUGGCUAGAAAGGGGGUGUCAAGAAUUAUUGGAAAAUUGAUGGCUCGUGUUAAGUUGGAUUUGGACGAUACCGAUUACUUUGAGACAUCGAGGGAGCAACAUGAUUACCAGAUUUCCCUGUCUGGUUUUGACGAUUUUGCUCGACUCUGGUCUGAUUCAGGGUUGUCUUCAGACUUUGAACGAUAUGGUAGUCACGUUUUUGAUUUGGCACAACAUAUUUUGGGUGUUUACUUGAGACAAGUAGUUAUUUUUCAACAUGUUUUAUUAAGCCAGUGCGAUGAUGCCUAUUCUGUCGAUGGUGAGAUAUACGCGCAAAUGUCCGAGGAAAUAAAGAGUCAGCUAAACGUAUUUGGGGUGGAUCCGUUAAUGGAGGUAUUGCAAAUACCUUCACUUGGAGAUAUUUUCUCGCGGAUACGUGAUCUGGAGACACUCGAACAUAAGGAAUAUGAAGCCGCUCGCGUUAUAAAACAUACUACCUCAGUGAACCAAGUGCUUGCUCUCGAUUAUCCCGGACAAAUUCAUUUAUGUACCUUGCCAGAGGAUUUUCAAAACGGAUUGUUGAAAUUGUCAGAGAUGAAUGUAUUGCGCAAAUGUAUGUGUAUGUUUUGUGGUCAAUGGUUAAACAAGGGUCAUCAAUAUGGCCACAUGAAAGUGUGUUCCAAGUUUGGAAUAAUUUAUGAUCCAGCAAGGAAUACUUCACGCAUCUGUAUCCAGGUUGGUGAGAACUCGCUUGUGCUAGAAAUCCCUGGUCCAUAUGUAACAAAGCAUGGUGAACCAAAAGGUCAUAGAGUCAAGGGUAAAGCUUUUUUGAAUAAAGAGAAGUUCAAGGAGUUGAACAGACUUUGGGUCAAUCAGGGCUUAUAUAGCUACGUUUCGAGACCCUUGUUUGGGUCCGCUCCCAAUAUGAUGAUGCCAAAUUUUGGUAUUAUUCCAGGUCCUGGUGCUGGUGUUGGUGCUAUGGACCUCGAUGACGAAGGGGAGAUCUGGGAUGUUGGUGAUGAUGAUGAAGAAGAUGAGUUUAUGUUUACAUAA